UAUCUCGUCACCUCUGCUUAUGGUCAAACCUCCUGUUAGCGACACGCCGUCCCGCACCGCAGAUGCAACCAGUCCAAUCUCCCCAGGCGUGCCCGCAGACGAAGACGAAGAGCCUCCCAGUAGCGGCACGAGAUGGACGGGAUUGGCGAACCCAUUGAGACUGCGGAUCGGUCCCAAGGAUGUCCCAACUGCUCAGGCAGUCGACGAUCACAGCAUCGAGCAUGAGCCAAGCCAUGCGAUGCAACCGACGUUCAAGUCCUCGAUGAGAGCGACCCUGACGUACACCCCGUUGAACGUGCUGUUGCUGUGCAUACCUGCUGCCUGGGCGCUGCACUAUACGCACCAGGGCGACACGCUCACAUUCGUGUUCUCCGCCCUGGGACUCGUGCCUCUCGCCGCGUUGCUCGGGUUUGGCACGGAACAAUUCGCGCUUCGCACCACGCAGACCAUCGGCGGCCUGCUGAAUGCAUCUUUGGGGAAUGUCGUCGAGCUCCUUAUUGCCGGACUGGCGCUGAAGAGGUGUGAUCUCCAGCUUGUUCAGAGCUCGCUGCUCGGAGGGCUGCUCAGCAACCUCUUGCUCGUUCUUGGGAUGGCGUUCCUAGUGGGCGGCUACCGGUUCCAUCAGCAAGAGUUCCAGCCAAUGGCCGCACAGCUCAAUUCGUCGCUGAUGACCGUGGCCGUGAUUGCGCUUAUCGUGCCCGCUGCGUUUCACGAAUUCCUGGGCGAGCGGAUUGGCGAGGAGGAAGAAGGCCCUGUUAUGCUACAACUCAGCCGUGGAAGCGCCGUUGUGCUCAUGCUCAUGUACGUUGCUUAUCUGUUCUUCCAGUUUUACUCUCAUCCGAACCUGUACAAAGACACCGUCCAGACGCAGGGCUACUCCGCCCGCUCGUCGCUGAGCACGACGUCCGGUUCGUUCGUGGUAACUACAGCGGCCGAGCUGCCCCCUCCGGUCACCGCGUCGUCUCCGCUCACGACGCCUUUCUCGGUGUCGCCGGAACAGGACGCCCCGAAAGUGAACAUCGCCACGGCCAUCGGCGUGCUCGUCGCGUCGACCGUGCUGGCGUACUUCACGGCCGAGUGCCUGGUCGACUCCGUCAACGGCCUGGCCUCGGACUCGUCCGUCUCCAAAGAGUGGAUCACGCUCAUCGUGCUCCCGAUCAUCUCCAACGCGGGCAAGUCGUCUUGUCCUUGUCCUUACGCGAUCUGGACCGCUGACGGGCCGUCCCUCUCAGCGGAGCACGCCACGGCGGUGGUGGUGGCGACCAAGGGCAAGUUCGACCUGGCGCUGAGCGUCGCCGUGGGAAGCUGCAUCCAGAUCGCGCUGUUCGUCGUGCCGCUGCUCGUGCUCGUCGCGUGGGCGAUGGGAAGGCCGCUCACGCUCGUCUUCGACCCGGUCGAGACCAUCGUACGCUUCUCUCCGCCUGUCGCGGUGCCCGCUGACCCGCCGCCGCCCGUUCUCGUUCCCGCGCAGUGUCUAUUCCUGUCCGUCCUCCUGGUCAAGUUCUCCAUCGAGGACGGCAAGUCGCACUGGAUGAGCGGCGUGGUCCUCGUCGGUGCGUGCUGCGCUUCCUUGCCAGGGCUGAGCCUGAACUCUGUUCCCGACGCAGCCGUGUACGUCGUCAUCGCCAUCUCGUUCUGGUACUUUCCGGACUCGACCGCGCCCGCCGUCGCGGGGAUGACGUGCAGCUAGAGCCCAUCUGCGUCUAUAAUCGAAGCCCGGCUGCCACGGCUGUCAGUCGCAACGACGUGUCGCUACCGUAGAUGGAAGCAGACUCUUGCACCGAAGCCUGUCGCGCGCUUCUGCCCAUGAGAUGCACGGGGCAUAUGAUAGUACCAGUGCAGUACGAGGCAAUAUGAGAGAUAAACCAGGCGUUCCGUCCGAGCCCCCCUUUUACGAAGCCCGUCCUCCACCGCCAUGUCCGUCGCCACCGCGCAGGGCACGAUGGUCGCGUAUCGUUACCAUCCCGGUGCAGCCGCCGUGGUGCCCGAGGAGGUGCCGAUACCUGCUCCAGGUGAGGGCCAGGUGUUGAUCAAGGUGCUCGCGGCAGGCGUCUGCCAUUCGGACGUCACGAUCUAUGGCGACGUCGGGAAGACGUGGCCGGCGAGGGAGAAGCACACCCUCGGCCACGAGUGCGCCGGCCUGGUGCACGCCCUCGGCCAAGGCGUGCGCGGCGGGUGGAAGGAAGGCGACUACGUCGCGAUCCUCGGCUGCAAUCCCUGCUGUAGACCCGAGUGCGCCGUGUGCGCCCAAGGACAGCAUAACAUGUGCAAGACUUUUCGCUCGAUAGGGCUCGGCGCGGACGGCGCGUGGGCGCCGUGGCUCGUGACCCACGAAGGAGCCCUCGUCGCCGUGCCGGGCAACGACACCAAGGUGAUCCCGCCCGCGGUCGCGUCGGUGGCGACGGACGCGGUGCUCACGCCCUGGCACGCGCUCAAGACGUGCGCGGGCGUCCGACCGGGGCAGACGGUGCUCGUCGUCGGCUGCGGCGGGCUGGGGUUGAACGCGGUGCAGAUCGCGAAGCGGUGCCUCGGCGCGGGGCGCGUCAUCGCGUCCGAUCUGCGCGAAGCCAGCCUCGCGCUCGCGCUCAAGGUGGGUGCGGACGACGCGGUGCCGUCGGACAGCGUCCUCGAGUACUUGGACGAGCACGCGCUCGCGGUCGAUGUAGCCGUCGAUUUUGUAGGUGUGCAGGCGAGCUUUCAGCUGGCGAUGAUGGCGGUCAGGCCGGGCGGGCUGGCGCAUCUCGUCGGCCUCGGCGCGAGCAGGCUCGAGUUCCCGGUGCUGCUCGCGAUCACGAAGGACCUGCGGAUGGGCGCGAGCUACUGGGGCACCAAGCCGGAGCUGAGCGAGCUGCUGGAGGCGAUAGCGGCAGGCAAGAUCCGGCCAGAGGUGGAGGAGAGGCCGCUGGAAGACUGCGUGAGCGUGAUGGAGGCCCUGCACGACGGCCUGCUGAAGAGCCGAGUGGGUGAGGCGAUCGACCGUGACGGCGAAUCGGACGCUGACCGGGGUUGCUGCCCCUGCCCACAGCGCUCGUUCCCUGAUGAUCGGGCCCGAUUGGCGGAUCCGGGGCGCAGGGGGUGGCGGCCUCGUGCACCGUACUAUAUACCUACUGUACUUACCAUAGUCGCGUCUGCCGUACGCACGCACGCACGUACGUAUGUGUCCGUGUCGGUCAAAUAAAUAAAAAAUCAGUGGCGAGCGCUUCGAAGGAGCGUCGCAACGUGUGUACG